GAACCCAAAAUGGCGGCUACAUUUGCCCGAAAAACUUGUUCUCUUGUCACUUGUUUUCCUACACGUGUUUCUGAGUGUUUCUGUCGUUGUACGUUACUGAACGUUUCAAAAAUGCAUUUGAGAUAUAAGGGUCACAGUAAAUGGCAAAAUAUUAAAUUCAAGAAGGCACACAUUGACUUUGCUCGAAGCAAGGAAUUUGGAAAACUUUCGAUGGAGAUUAUUACAGCUGUUAGGGGUAAGGAUAAGUCUAUCAUUUAAGCUUACUUUAAAGUGAAAUAAAUAGUUAUAGACAAUACUAUUGAUUUUAAUUUAAUUACGACUCAUAAAGGCUGUAAAGAAAAAAAGAAGGAUAUUUCAAGAGUCUAUCUGGUCAAUUUUCCAAAAGAGAAAAAAAAAAGAAAUUAAUUUUAGAUUAAAUGAAUAAAAUGAAUAUAUUUAUUGGGCCCUGUUGUAAAUCAUGUUUUAAAUUAUGAUUUUACAAUUAUCAUCACACCACCCAAGGGGUGGGUGGUGUCGUGGUACAAAGCUCUUUCUUUCUUGGUUGAAAAUUUAAAAUUUGAUAUGUUGGAUUCUGAGAAGAAGGAAAAAUCAGGGGUCUCGUAGAAAAAUCCCCCUGAGGAACAGGCAAGGAGCCAACAACAAACUGAACCAACAUUGAGCAUCGACACUGGGAUGCAAACCUGGCCACAUUGGUGGCAGGUGAGUGAUCUUAAGGUGGCUCGACUGGAUUUUUUGGGGUUGAUACCUCCCAACUUUGAGCAUUAACUACGUCUGCAUGAGUAAAGAUAUGGAAAAAAGGUUACCACAACUGUAUUAUAUAAAGAUGAAAAUUUCUUAUGAUCUGGGUUUUAUUGCAAUCGGAGUCGCCAUGGCAACGUAAUGACGCCAUGACACAAUUCGCUAAUAUUUUAAGAAAAUGGUAAGCUUUGGGAACCAGGCUUCAUCUCAUAGUGAUUUGAUUCCAUUGAAAACUGCAUACAAAAAACGAGGGGAAUUGCUCUGGGCGAUCGCGAGUAAGAAGAAUUUUAUUAACUUGCAUUCAGCUGCUUUUGAUAGAGUUUUUGGACGUAAUUUGGUCCAUGACUAAAAAUUUCGCAUUUUUUCAAAAACCGCUCGAUAAGUUUUUUUAUAAAUUCGACAAUCCCGCGAUCAAUCGUCAAGAAAUAUUCCUUGCAAGUUUCAAGAACAUUGAAAAUAGGGAAGGCUUUUAAAUAGGGCCUCAAAUAUAACCAAUUUUCCCCCCAGAUUUUGUGUUUACAACUGAGCGUCCUCAUUAUUCACUGGCAUUGUUUUCAAGUUUCAUAUGCACGUGCACAACUAGCAAAAGAUAUAAAUUUGCAUCAAAAAGGACCCUCGGUUAAAUCUCCGGGAUAUGCUAAUUACCGGAUAAAGAGAUUAAUGAUACAUUAAAAGAUCAGAGCAACUCUUUGUGAGAGUUUCUGUGAUGUUAUAACCCGAGUAAGAUAAUUAAGUAUUCCAUCCUACACAAUGAGCCGUGACUUUCACCGUUUCGGCUCUCACUGCUAUCUGUGACGACAAGCCAAUUGUUAGCAUAUUCAGGAUAUUUCUUCGGAAAGUAAUCGAGAGUUUUUUUUGAUGCAAAUUUAUAUCUUUUGCUAGUUGUGCACGUGCAUAUGAAACUUGAAAACAAUGCCAGUGAAUAAUGAGGACACUUAGUUGUCAACACAAAAUCUGGGGGGAAAAUUGGUUAUAUUUGAGGCCCUAUUUAAAAGCCUUCUCUAUUUUUAAUGUUCUUGAAACUUGCAGGGAAUAUUUCUUGACAAUUGAUCUCGGGAUUGUCGAAUUUAUAAAAAAAUUUAUCGAGCGGUUUUUGAAAAAAUGCGAAAUUUUUAGUCAUGGACCAAAUUACGUCCAAAAACUCUAUCAAAAGCAGCUGAAUGCAAGUUAAUAAAAUUCUUCUUACUCGCGAUCGCCCAGAGCAAUUCCCCUCGUUUUUUGUAUGCAGUUUUCAAUGGAAUCAAAUCACUAUGAGAUGAAGCCUCGUCCCCAAAGCUUACCAUUUUCUUAAAAUAUUAGCAAAUUGUGUGGCUAGCAUGCUAUUUCACUCUUUUAUCAUUCUUAAAACUACAUUUCGAAAUAUUUCGAAAACGCUCUCAUAGAAUUAGUUCAAACUACGCCAUAAUGGAGGCAAUUAUAGCAGGUACAUACUCCCUUCAGCGAUUUCUUCAAAAAACUCCUGGAAGAGAGAAACACAAAGAUAAAUGAAAAACGUAAUGGCGUCAUUACGUUGCCAUGGCGACUCCGAUUGCAAUAAAACCCAGAUCAUAAGAAAUUUUCAUCUUUAUAUAAUACAGUUGUGGUAACCUUUUUUCCAUAUCUUUACUCAUGCAGACGUAGUUAAUGCUCAAAGUUGGGAGGUAUCAACCCCAAAAAAUCCAGUCGAGCCACCUUAACACUUGGUGUGACCUUUGCUGUCCUGGGAAAUAUAUAGAAUGACACAAGUUUUUUUCCCCUUUUUUUUGCUGGAGGUUAAUAGCACGUACAUAUAAUAAUCAUAUAAAUGUUAUUGUAUCAGUCCAUGCACAGGUGUGAGCAGCCCACUGCCUUCUUGUGUGAUGUACAAAUUUCUAUAAAUUAAGUUAUAGUAUCAUUAGAGACAGGUGCGUGAUUAACAUAUUAGAAUAUAUGAGUGUUACAGGUCAAAAUUAAAUUCAGGUUAAGGAAAUAGACAACAACCUAGGUUAAAAAAUUUUAACCUAAAUUUAAUUCUGACCUGUGAUAUAAGCACCAUACAAGUACAUCUUUACAUUUUGGCUGGUUGCUUACAGGAGUUUUGACUGUAUUUGAAUUACUUUGAAGAUAUUUUCUACUCAACUACUAGUUGACUUUUCUUUUUUAGAAUCAGGGCCAGAUGUUAAGUUUAAUAGUCGCUUGGAAGGUCUUAUUGAAAAAGCAAGAACCAUAAGCAUGCCAAAAGAAAAGAUUGAAAAUGCAAUCAAAUCUGGGACUGGGGUAAGUUUAAACUUAAAACUUCUUCAGGAAGUACUGGUACUUGUUCUGCUGCUUUCAUUUAUCAUUUGUCUUUACUUGUCAUUUUUAUGUUAAAAAUAAUUUAUGUUAAAAAAUAUGCUGAAAAAUUAAAAAAUGUUAAAAUUUGGAAAUAUUUCCUUAGUGUUAAGUGUUUUGGGAUUGCACCUACAUUCAUACUACCACUUUUUUUCAUUUUCUCCUUUCUCUUUCGCCUUUGUCCCCAUGGAUUAUUUUCUGUUAGAAAGAAAAGACCCUCAGUUAACAUCAGCUGGUAAUAUUUCCCCUCAGACAGUCCAAAAUCUUAAUGUGUAGUAAAUUUUGAGCUCUGUAUGAAUAUAAAGCUCAAAUCAUGCGUACCUCACGGUACACUACCUGAGGCCCCGGGGAGGAGUUGGGGGGUACUCAACAAAGUCUUAUACUGGGAGGCUCCAUAAUUGCGAGGUCCAGCCCCUUACCCUUUUAUAUACCGUUUUUGAUAGAAAAGGUACCCCUUUUGUGCACCUUCCAUUUAAAAAUGGUACCCCUUUUACAUACCAUUGCAUCUCUUUUAACUGCUGAAAAUGCACUAUUUUUUGAAAUAUGAGUAAAUCACAAAACCCAACAUUUUUUCAACUUUUUCACAGCCAGAAAAUACAUUUGUUAGCUCUUGCAGGCCUUUGUACAGUGACUGAAAUGGCCGAUUCCACUACCCUUUCAUAUACUUCAGCUAGUUAUAUCCCUACCCAUUUAUAUACCUGAAGCCUAAAAAAGGUACCCUUUCAGGCAAGACCUCCCUGUAGAGGCCAUUUAUAGGGAGUAUCACCCGCAGCCUAAGGUGGCCUUUUACAUCUUUGACUUGAGACAAGUGUAUAUUGUACAGGAUAGUUAUUCCUUCUCCUUCUUUUUUUCCCUUGAGUUCCUUUCUUAACUCCCAAUACCUAAUGCUUGUAAAUAAAUAAAUGAUUUCAUGUCCUCUUUACUAAGACUAAAGAUAAUCCUUAUGAAGCAUCCUUGUUGGAGAUAAAGGGUCCUGGUGGCUGUGGUUUGCUUGUCCAGAUACUUACAAGCAACAAAGUUAAAACAAAGAAUGAAAUGAAUACUAUUCUUCGCAAAAAUGGGUAAGUGUCUUUAGAGCUUCUACACAACCAGGGGUUGUCAGGAGUGGAGCCAGGAAUUUUUUAUUGGAAAGGUCCAAACUUGUUUAAGGUCUAUACGAAAUCAUUUCUUCCCUUUCUGGCAUGCAUUUACUCCUUAUUUUCCAGUAAAGGUGUGACCCUUUGGGUUACCAAAUUCAGUUUCAAUGUUUCUGGUCAGAUGGGUUCUUUUAGGAUGGUCCAGACCUGCUGACCAUGCCCUGGAUCCACCAUAAGGAGUGCAGAUAUUCCCUGUGUGAGCAGAUGAUAAUAAUAUGAAAUAAUAGGUCAAACCCCUCAAACAAUUUGCACUUAACAAAAAUCAAUGGACUAUAUUAACCCUUUCAGUCUUAGUAUCCCCAUCUAAAUUCUCCUGCAGAUUGAUCUCUGUACAGAAUUAGUUAGGGAAAUUCCUUUAAAGAAUAAAGCUUUUCCCUUUAGGUGAUCAUUUUUUUAAUCUCAUAUUACCUUUCUCUCUUGUUUUUGUAUCGAUAUUGUCAGAAAAAAAAAAUUGAUGUUGUUCACGCUUGGUACUUUAUAAAGGGUUAAUAUAUGGGGAUAUUUAUAAGUAACGUUAAAAAACAUUCAAGUUAGACAAUCAUGAUAGACCUCAGUUUUGGAAAUAACAAGAAAACAACUGGUAAUUUAUGGAGGACAAAUUAAAAACUAGAGACUGGAGACAAGAGACAAACUAGAGGGGUGAGAACAGAUGUCAGAAUGUGAAAGUGCGCAGCUCUGCUGUCACAUCAGGCUUUAACAACCUAAUGCUACCCGCUCAGGCCUAGCCUGCAGCACAGGUCAGAGAAACCAGACUCCUGGGAUUACAUCUUCUUAUUACAUUAUUCUAUAUAUGUUUUAGAGGCAUUUUCAAGGAUGGUGGAUCAGUCACUUUUCAGUAUGAUUACAAAGGUAAUGAUAAUUUAUAAUUAUUUAAAUGUUUUAAAUAUUUCAUGGGCGUGUAUAAUAUGUCUUGGUUCAAUUUCAUCCUUGGUUUAAAUUUUAUUUCCUUUGUUUCAAAGCCGUCAACAUACAGUACCAUACCCAAAAACAAAGAAAAUAAAAUUUACCGAACGAUGAAAUUUAACCUCAAUACAUUUAUGUAAACUCUACAGGUAAGUGAUAUAUUUUUAAUUUUCGCUUUAUUUUAUUAACUCCAUCAAUAAAAAUUCUAACAUUUGCCACUAAGUUUUAGGAUUAUAAAAUUUGUUACUGAUGACAAUCAGGAGGACUGAUAUCUUCUUUUUUUUCAAGUUUGUUGACAUCACAAGCAAACGAGCAAUUUAUUUUUUAGAAAAAUUAAGGUUUCAAGUUACUGCUCAGAGUUUUCAUUUUCUUUUUAAAUUUGAACAGGAGUUAUAAGUGUUGAAGACUUUCUUUAUACAGAGGAUAAACAGAACUUAUCAGAGUAUCCAGAUGAUGACUCUGUCGAAAAAGUGAGUUAUUGAACCACCUAACUUUUUAGGAAACUUUGUUGUGUGGGUGACAUAAUAAGGAUCAAGAUUCUUUGUUUGGUUACCAAGACAAGCAUUCUAGUAGCAUUUUAAUGGGGAGCUUAACCAACCAUAACAAUGAAGACAACAACAGUGUCAAAAAUUCCUAUUAUAUUUUUUUUGUUGUAUGAACAAAACAGCUCUGCAUGUGCAACACACCUUUUAGUACAUUUCUUAGACGUCCACUGCAUGACUAUGACGUGAAGCCUCUUAAUGCAACAUUUUAUAGAGGACAUGAGCAUACAAUGAUGAAUUUUCCUUCCCCUUUUUUGAACCAGGAUAAAUCUUAAGAAUUCAACUCCAGCAGGUCCAAAUAGAUGCAAUAAUUAUAAAUUUUGAAAUGAUGCAAAUUCAUUUUUUAGUGACAAUUUCAUUGCUCUUGUCAUCGUUGUUGUUUAAGUGCCCUAAUGAUGUCAUAGUGAAAAUGGUCUAUUAUUACUGACAUUUAUUUUUGAAAGUUAAGGCUGUGAUGUUUCCAUGACAACCAUAAGUAGGUAGAUGUUAUAGUCUCGAUUAAUAUUCUCGAUUUAAUAUUUUUUUACUAGAGAUGAAACCUUUGUGCAAUUUCAGUUACUGGUAAAAUAAUGAAUGGUCUUCUCUCUGCAGGCUGAAGAGGUAGCUAUAGAAAGUGGGGCAGAGAAUCUGUUCUUCUGUGAGUCACAAAAUGAAGCAAAGAUUAUAAAGGUAUAAUUUUGAAUAAAAAACACUGAGCAGUAUCCACCUACUUGCCUAGAGUUCCUGGACCCUAGGGUUAAAGGUAUUGCUCAUCAUACCCCCUUACAGCACUCCCUGUCGAUUCUUGGGUGCUAUCGUUCUGUCUAUUAUAGUCUUCUGCAAAAAGUUGGGCUUACAAAACUUCCAAAAAUAUCUAAACCUUAAGUAGAAAGAAAAAUUAAUGUAAGACUGCAACAGAAGCGUUCUCAAAUGAAAUGCUAAAUUUUUAUUUAUUUAUUAAAUUUCAGUUCAUAUGUGCUAUUGAGGAUACGAAGAAAGUACAUGAUGACUUAUCAGAAAAGUUUCCAAAGAAGAUUCUUUCUUCUGAACUUGAGUAUAUUCCACGAACGCUUGUUUCUCUGUCAGAGGAACCUUUACAACAAGCAGAGAAACUAAUAGAUACUCUUGAAGAUCAUGUGGACGUUGUGCGAGUUUUUGAUAAUAUUGAACAAUACCCAAGUACCACGUGCAAGCUGUUUGGUUCUACAUGA